CAGUAUGGCGUCCCUAUUUGCCCAUGUUGAAGUCGCAGCACCGAUCGAAGUGUUUGCUUUGACAGCAAAAUACAAUGAAGAUAAAUUUCAGGAUAAAGUGAAUUUAGGAGUUGGAGCAUACAGAACAGAUGAAGGUAAACCAUGGGUUCUACCAGUUGUCAGACAAGCAGAGAUCCAGAUGGCAAAUGAUGCCACAUUAAACCAUGAGUACCUACCAGUGGCAGGCUUGCCAACAUAUAGAGAGGCUGCUGCUAGACUUCUCUUAGGGGAGGGGCAUAAAGCAUUAGUAGAGAACAGGGUAGAAGGUGUUCAGACAUUAGGAGGAACAGGGGCUAUCAGAUUAGCAGCUGAGUUUUUAAAACAGUUUUUAAACAAAUCUGUAGUUUAUGUUUCAAAACCUACUUGGGGAAAUCAUAAAGGUAUAUUUAAAGCUGCAGGGUAUGCUAAAAUAGAAGAGUAUAGAUAUUGGGAUGAUGCUAAUAGAUGUCUGAAUCUAUCAGGCAUGUUGGAAGAUCUUAAGGGAGCACCAGAGAAUGCUGUUGUGAUAUUACAUACUUGUGCUCACAAUCCAACUGGUACUGAUCCUACACAAGACCAAUGGAAGGAAAUCAUUCAAGUUUGUCAGGAUAAAAAAAUAUUUAUGUUGAUGGACUGUGCUUAUCAAGGCUUUGCUAGUGGUGAUUUAGAUAAAGAUGCUUUUCCAGUACGAUAUAUGGCUGAACAGGGUAUAGAAUUCUUCGUAGCUCAGUCCUUCUCUAAAAACUUUGGUUUAUACAAUGAAAGAAUUGGUAAUUUAGCUAUGAUAACCAACAAUCCUGAUAUGAAAUUACGAGUGAGAACACAGUGUGAAUUGAUAGUCAGAAAGAUCUGGUCUAAUCCAUCAAAUCAUGGUGCCAGAAUAGUAGCUACAGUACUCAAUAAUCAGGCUUAUUAUGAAGAAUGGAAACAACAAGUGAAGACAAUGGCUAACAGAAUCCAGCUAAUGAGACAGUUACUGUACGAGAAACUCCGUUCUCUAGGAACACCUGGUACUUGGGAACAUAUUAUUAAACAAAUUGGUAUGUUCAGUUUCACUGGACUUUCAGUGCGUCAAGUAGAACAUAUGAUAAAUCACCACCAUAUAUAUUUAUUGAAAGAAGGACGUAUCAAUAUGUGUGCAUUAACUACUAAAAACGUGGAAUAUGUUGCCAAUGCUAUAAAUGAUAGUGUCAAAUCCUUCCCUGAAGAUCCUAAACUUUAA